AGCAGCAGUCGGGCGCGCCGUCCGAAGCAUGCCCCAGCGCAGCCAUGACUUGCUCGGCGUCAGAUAGCGAGAAGAUCGUCAUCAACUGCGGGGGGAUUCGACACGAGACCUACCGGAGCACCCUGAAGACGCUGCCGGGCACGCGCCUGUCCUGGCUGACUGAGCCCGACGCCUACAGCAACUUCGACUACGACCCCAAGUCCGACGAGUUCUUCUUCGACCGCCACCCGGCCACCUUCGCCUUCAUCCUCAACUACUACCGCACCGGGAAGCUGCACUGCCCCAACGAUGUGUGCGGACCGCUGUUCGAGGAGGAGCUCGCCUUCUGGGGCAUCGACGAGACGGACGUGGAGGCGUGCUGCUGGAUGAACUACCGGCAGCAUCGCGACGCCGAGGAGGCACUGGACAGCUUCGAGACCCCGGAGCCGGACGCACCUGAGGAUGACCCGGCUCUCACCGGGGGCGCGGACGGCGACCUGAAACGGCUGUGCAUGCAGGAGGACGGCCGCAGGGCUACGUGGUGGGAGGUGUGGCAGCCCAAGAUGUGGGCGCUCUUUGAGGACCCCUACUCAUCCAAAUACGCACGGUAUGUGGCAUUCGGCUCACUCUUCUUCAUCCUCCUGUCCAUCUCCACCUUCUGCCUAGAGACCCACGAAGUCUUCAACACCAUCUACAACAAGACGGAGAACGUCACUGUUGGCAAUGUGACACACGAAGAGGUUGUGUACGAGGUGGUCACAGAUGAUUGGCUGACAUAUGUGGAGGGCGUCUGUGUCAUCUGGUUCACCAUCGAGGUGAUGCUACGCGUCAUCUUCUGCCCUGACAAGGCAGAGUUUUUCCGUAGUGCCCUCAACAUCAUAGACUUUGUGGCCAUUGUCCCCUUUUACCUGGAGGUGGCGCUGAGUGGCCUCUCUUCCAAAACAGCCAAAGACGUGCUCAGCUUCCUGCGUGUGGUGCGAUUUGUCCGUAUCCUGCGUAUAUUCAAGCUGACCCGCCACUUUGUUGGUCUGCGGGUUCUGGGCCACACUCUGCGGGCGAGUACCAAUGAGUUUCUUCUGCUCAUCAUCUUCCUGGCGCUGGGCGUCCUCAUCUUCGCUACCAUGAUCUACUAUGCCGAACGCAUUGGUGCUUCUCCAGAUGAUCCAACAGCUUCUGCCCACACCAACUUUAAAAACAUCCCCAUUGGCUUUUGGUGGGCUGUGGUGACAAUGACAACAUUGGGCUAUGGUGAUAUGUAUCCUGUGACGUGGUCAGGAAUGCUGGUGGGGGCCCUGUGUGCCUUGGCUGGUGUGCUAACCAUUGCCAUGCCGGUACCCGUCAUUGUCAACAACUUUGGCAUGUACUACUCCCUUGCCAUGGCCAAGCAGAAGCUUCCCAAAAAAAGAAACAAGCACAUUCCACGAGCACCACAACCAGGAAGCCCCAACUACUGCAAACCAGAUGCCCUUGCUAUGGCAACUGCCUCACCACAUCACCUGAUGGGCAACGUACUUGGGCCUGGAAUGGUGGGCUCCGGGAGCAUGAUGGGUACUGGAGACUGUCCACUCGCACAGGAGGAGAUCAUUGAGAUCAACAGAGCAGGUGAGAGGGACCAGUCACUUGGGUUAUAUAAUAAUAAUGAAAGGCAUCAGAAGACUAUUGCAUACCCUGUGUGUAUGUGA